CGUCUGCCUCCCCUGAAACGCCCCCCUUCCUCGCCCUCCGGCUGUCGGUGGGGCUUCAGGGACCACGAAAUGGAGGGUGUUGUUUUUUCAAAGUUGGGAGGCAUGCAGGCAGAAGAAGAGCUCUCAGGGUGGGCAAACUAGGCUUCUUCUCCAAGCCCUCAGAAAGGAAGGGAAGGGCAGUGAUGUUUUACUUCGGUUUCCUGUGGACGAAGCCGAGGAAGGAUCUUGGCGCUCGCCUUUGACAAGAUUAGGAGCAACAGAAAGCCCCCUUUCUAGAGAAGGAGUAAAUGGGGAGAGGAAGUGGUGACGUCUUUCGCCGGAAAUGCUCCUUCCCCCAGCUAAGUAUUUCCUACACCGGAAGCGGGCAAUGUGUAUAUAGGGAUUUAAAAAAAUUAAAAAAUUUUCUGGACUACAGUUAUUCUUCUAGGGCGGUGGUUAGGCCUUUGCGAAGGGUAGUCUAAAAAAGUAACGUUUUCGGAGAAGCUUUCUGGUGGGGUUGUAUCUCGAGCUCCAAACCUGUCGUUUUUUUAAAAAAAAUACUACUACUCCCAGAAUUCUCCGCCAGCAGAGUCAGUGACUGCGAUGAUGGUUGUAGUCAAAACAGUUAAACCGUGGAGUGAACGUAUCAAGAACUUGGAGACGUUAUACUGGUGGACUAAAACACCUGUAGUCGAGCCGGGUAGGGAUUGAGGGAUUUGUAGUAGGGAAACAACUGGGACUUUCCAGGCUGUGUUUGCCCACCCCUGCCGGAAGAGACUCGGGCGUUGGCUUGGCCGGAAAGGAACGGCGUUACAUUCCAGAGUGGGGGAACGAAGGUGGGCUGGAGGAGCCACGCCCUCCAGGGCGAAAGGAGCUCCUCUGCAAAGCCUUGUCCUCCUCUCUGGCAGAGCAAAGGCGUUACUUUUUCCUCCUGAGGAGAGUUGGACUGAUUCUGAAUUGAUCUUCUGCAGUCUUCUUCUGAAUUUUGAGAAUCUGCUCAUCAAAAUAGGAUUUUUCCAGCAUGGAAGACAAACAUUUCCUCACAGAAGGUCAUACAUGUUAUGUCAGAAAGAGAAGUGGAAUGGCUUGGUUUUCUUCAGCAUAUUAAUUGGUGACAGAAUCGGCCGCCCCACUGAUGUUUGUGAAGGAAAGAUGUCAGAGAGAAGAAAGAAAACAGGAGGACUUCAUAUGCCAGAGGAAAGCGGUGAAUAUUCAGAUACGAAGGAGGGUUUUGAAAAUCAAGAAGAAAUGAAGAAGCUUGGAGGAAAUCAAGUAGAUGAGAAGAUGGAAGAAUCCAUUUCUUGUCUAGAGAACGUCCAUCAGAAAACAUGCAAAGAAGAGCAUUUCCCUGAGGGUGGGGAAAUCUUUUCCCAUAAAUCAGCACUUGAUCACCAUGGGAAGAUUUACAAAGAGGAGAAACGGCUUACAUGCGUUGAACGCAGAAAGACUUUCAAUCAAUCUGCAAAGCUUACUGAACAUCUUGAUAUCCACAUAGGCAAAAAACCAUUUGAAUGCAAGGAGUGUGGGAAAACUUUCAAGUGGAAAAGAUCCCUUAUUUGCCAUCAAAGCGUACAUACAGAACAGAAGCCCUUCGAAUGCCUGGAGUGUGGGAAAACCUUUGGACUGAGAGCACAUCUUACAACCCAUGAAAGAAUUCACUCAGGGGAGAAGCCGUUUAAAUGUCUGGAAUGUGGAAAAAGCUUCAGUCAAUCUACAAACCUUGCUACACAUCAAAGGACCCACACAGGCGAGAAACCAUUUGAAUGCCUGGAGUGUGGGAAAACCUUUGGACUGAGAACACAUCUUACAACCCAUGAAAGAAUUCAUUCCGGAGAAAAGCCGUUCAAAUGCCUGGAGUGUGGAAAGAGUUUCAAUCAGUCUGGAAGCUUUGCUAGGCAUUACAGGACCCACACGGGUGAGAAGCCAUUUGAAUGCCUGGAGUGCGGGAAAAGCUUUAGACUGAAAGAAAGUCUUACUACCCAUGAAAGAAUUCACUCAGGAGAGAAUCCAUUUACAUGUGUAGAGUGUGGAAAGAGUUUCAGUCAACGUGUGAGCCUUGUUAAACACCUUACUACUCACACAGAUGAGAAACCAUUUAAAUGCCUGGAGUGUGGGAAAAUCUUUAGACUAAAAGAACAUCUUGCUACCCAUAAAAGAAUUCACUCAGUGGAGAAGUCACUUAAAUGUCUGGAAUGCGGAAAGAGUUUCAGUCGACAUGCAGACUUUGUUACACACCACAGAAUCCACACAGGCAAGAAGCCAUUUGAAUGCCCCGAGUGUGGGAAGACCUUUGGACUGAGAGGACAUCUUACAACCCAUGAAAGAAUUCACUCAGGGGAGAAGCCAUUUGAAUGUCUGGAGUGUGGAAAAAGCUUCAGUCAACGUGCACAUCUUGCUAAACAUUUCAAUACCCACACAGGUGAGAAGCCAUUUCAGUGCCUGGAGUGUGGAAAGCGUUUCAGUGAACGUGCAAACCUUGCUAAACACCAUAGAACCCACACAGGCGAGAAGCCCUUUGAAUGCCUGGAGUGUGGGAAAACCUUUAGACUGAGAGAAAGUCUUACUACCCAUGGAAGAAUUCAUUCAGGGGAGAAGCCGUUUACAUGCCUGGAGUGUGGAAAGGGUUUUGGUUGGUCUGCAAACCUUGCUAGACAUCAGAGGACUCACACGGGCGAGAAGCCCUUUGAAUGCCUGGAGUGUGGGAAAACCUUUAGACUGAGAGAAAGUCUUACUACCCAUGGAAGAAUUCAUUCAGGGGAGAAGCCGUUUACAUGCCUGGAGUGUGGGAAGAGUUUCAGUCGACAGGCAGACUUUGCUACACACCACAGGACCCACACAGGCGAGAAGCCGUUUGAAUGCCUGGCGUGCGGGAAGACCUUUAGGUUGAAAGGACAUCUUACAACCCAUGAAAGAAUUCACUCAGGAGAGAAGCCACUUAAAUGACAGAAGUUUGGAAAGAUUCUCCAUCAGAAAGAAGCCCUUUCUUUGCAUCAUAUGAUACAAAGAGGUGAGAAACUACUUGAAUGCCAAGAGCAUGGGAAGACGUUCAGAAAACAAGGUGCUCUAGCCUGCCCAUUCAGAAUGUGGAGAAAUCCUAUGAAUGUCUGGAAUGUGGAAAGAGUAUGCAAAGAAUUCACAGUGGGAGAAACCCUACAAAUGGAUUUCAUUACUUUUUGUCAGAAUAGUCAUAACCGUAAUUAUCUUGUGUUGUCAAGUCAGUUCUAAUUUACGGUAACCCAUUCCAGAGUAGAAAGAACAUCCUUCCCAGACGGACCACAGUGAAGACUGCACUGGUCUUGCCCCUGAUGCGCUUUCAUGAUCUGAAGGGUGCAGUGCUUACUGGGAGCUGUCAGGAUUCCCUGAAAGAACCACAUUGGUCAGAAAAUAUGGCAACAUACUUCCACUGUGUUCCCAGUCAGGGGGCCACAAACAGGACUUUCAAUGUGAUGGCGGAAGGGACCAUGGCAAAUCCUUAUUAUAGGCUGAUUUUCAUGAUGUAAGGUUGCCUUCUCUUGUUGAAGUGAGGAAUCUUGCAUCAUGUAAACUUUAAAAUACGGGUCAUCUUUUGUGCAAACAAAGCUGUGUAGAUUUAUGGAGCAUAGAUAUCCUCCAACCAUGUAACUUAAUAUCAGUAACCAUAGUACAAUGAAAUUCCAAGGGUCUUGUCUGUUCAAGGUGAUUCUGGUAGGACCUAGAAUUCUGAGACUUCAUCAGUGAGAAUAAGUAGUUUUUUAUGCUGCUUUUGUGUCUUCCUUGACCCAAAUUAAGUACAUGCUGUUGCACAGCUCUGCAUGAAUAGUGGGGGUGUUGUCAUUAACAGCAGCAAAUCACCACUGAUUAAAGGGUUCAUUGGUGAUUUCAGGGUGCUUGUGACUUUGUUGCAUUGUGUAUCUGUCACAUUCACCCUGAAAAUAUCUGGAAGAUAUGGACUCCUUAAUACCGCCCCCCCCAAGGAUCACAUGUUUUAUGUUUACCUGGUCAGGAGGCAUAUUUUGAUAAGGAAUUCCACAUAUUGACUGUAAGAUGAAUGAUUUCGCAAUUCUGCUUUGUGGCUGAAUUAUCUUCAGACCAUGGCUUUUUUGUUUUUCUUUUUUUCUCUCUCUCCUUUUCAUCUCUGCUUCUUCUCUGCCAUUGGUAACAUUACAGGAACAUUAAAAGCAAGAGUGGAGAGUUGGUGUGAAUUUCUAUAGGAUAAAAAGAUCCAGUGCCAUGAGUAUCGGACUUGGGCUCGGGAGAUCUGGCUUCAAAUACUGUACCCAUUUCGCCAUGGAAGCUCUCUGGGGUGGAGAAUAGCAAUCAGAAACUACUUCUUGAACACCUUGCAUAACUAAAAACUUACUAGAAUCACACUAAAUUGGAAAUGACGUGACACAGGACAACCAUAACAAAAAGAGUGAAGAAAUUAAAAGCCAUUAAUUCUAUUCCAUUUCUCCAUUGCUUCUUUUUCCUUUUAGAAAUUUCUUGUUUGCAACUUGGGGCAAGACUGCUAAAAGGCUAGAAACAUAACGAGAUUUAACAAGAGGACAAGUGGAAGCUUAGGAGGAAAUCUGGUAUUUUAGAAAGAGAACUCUGAUUAAUUUCCCUAGUGUUUUAAAAAAAAUAGUCCUAUGUUGCUGUAAUCCAUUUUUCAUUAAAUCAUUGCAUGUUAUCUGAAAUGUACUCUUUUUGCUGCGAGCAUUGUCAUUUUUGCAUUUUGAGUCUAUUGCAUAGAAUAAUUUUUUAAAUCUAAAUAAACCUUUCAGCUUUAUUACGUAUGUUAAUAGCCUUUGGCCAUCUCUAAGUACAGCGUGGGCUAAACGGAGAACUCCAUUUUUACAGGUGUGUCCACCAAAUUUCUGUGGGACAGACAGCUAUGAGAUUGCACAGGACAAUGUUCAUUCUAUCUAAUGCGUUAUACCAAUUAUAUUAAAGAGUAAGAGACACUA